AUGGAAAAAAGAGGACAUUCAAAAUUGGUUGAAGUCGAAAAGUGUGGUUUUAGACAAACCAAUGAUAAAAUUCGAUUACUUGACAUGGUAAAUGAAAUUAGACCUCGCCAUGAUAAAUAUGUAAUCGACGAAGAAGCCUUGAAAGUAAAUAAACUUGUAUUGCGUUUGCCACCUUACCACUGCGAACUUAACCCGAUUGAACUUGCGUGGUCUGUUGUGAAAAAUCACGUCAAGCAAAAUAACACAUCGUUUAAGUUAAACGAUGUUCGAAUACUACUGAACGAAGGAGUUAAGAAAGUGACGUCUGAAAUGUGGGCCAAUUUCGUAAGUCACACCAUAAAAGAAGAGGACAAAUUUUAUGACAUCGAUAUAAUUUCUGACAGAAUGAUGAAUGAUGAGGAUCAUAUAAUGACAAUCACUGGUGACACUUCGUCUGAUUUUUCUGACGAGUAA